GUGUUUGUUUUUAAUUCAAAAUACAGAAACUGUUUCAUUAGACAAAUUUCUGGAACUGUGUUUUUAAAGUUUUGUCAGAUAUUUUCAGAAAUACAUCAGAAUGACCAAAGAGUUUUCUAUGGUAUUUUAAAUACAGUGUGUUGCAUUAUCAGAGCUAUUUUUCCAUCUUGGAAAAUAUAUAUUGCAAUCUAUUUCAAAAUCUGAUUGGUCUGCUAUUUAACAUGAAUUUGGAACUUUUAGAAUCUUUUGGACAAAAUUAUCCAGAGGAAUUUGAUGGGGCUUUAGAUUGCAUAAGCCUUGCCGUAACAUGUGCUUUCAAUAAACAUGGGACGCUUUUAGCUGUAGGUUGCAAUGAUGGUCGAAUAGUUCUCUGGGACUUUCUGACGCGAGGAAUUGCUAAGAUUAUAUGUGCUCAUAUUCAUCCUGUGUGUUCACUUAGUUGGAGUAGAACUGGGCAUAAAUUAUUAAGUGCAUCAACUGAUAAUAGUGUAACUAUGUGGGAUGUUCUGAGUGGAGAAUGUGAAUAUAGAUAUCGCUUCCAAUCUCCUAUUUUAAAGGUGCAGUUUCAUCCUCGAAAUGAUAAAAUGUUAUUAGUUUGCCCUAUGAAACAUGCUGCUAUAUUGGUGAAUGUUGAUGAUAAUCAUUCAAUAGUUCCAUUAGAUGAUGAGUCUGAUCUGAAUAUUGUUGCAUCAUUUGAUCGAAAAGGCCGCCAUGUUUACACAGGCAAUGCAAAAGGAAAAAUUUUAGCACUCUCUGUACCUGAUUUAAAGUUAGUGGCAUCAUUUCGAGUUAUGACUGGUACUUCAAAUACAACAUCUAUAAAAUCAAUUGAAUUUGCCAGAAGAGGAGACUACUUUUUAGUAAAUGCCGCUGACAGAAUUAUUAGAGUUUAUGCGAGCCAUGAAGUCCUUACUUGUGGCAAAGAUGGAGAACCAGAACCUAUUCAGAAACUUCAAGAUUUAGUAAAUAAAACUAUGUGGAAAAAAUGUUGCUUUUCGGGCGAUGGUGAAUACAUCUGUGCAGGAUCUGCAAGACAACAUUCCCUUUAUAUAUGGGAAAAAAGUAUUGGGAAUUUGGUCAAAAUUUUGCAUGGUACAAAAGGAGAAUUGCUUUUAGAUGUUGUGUGGCAUCCUGUAAGACCUAUUAUUGCAUCCAUUUCAAGUGGUGUUGUUUCUAUAUGGGCUCAACCUCAAGUGGAAAACUGGAGUGCAUUUGCUCCAGAUUUUAAGGAAUUAGAUGAAAAUGUUGAAUAUGAAGAAAGAGAAAGUGAGUUUGAUAUUGAAGAUGAAGAUAAAAGUCCUCAACUUCAUGCUGAGAAACAAGAUGAAGAUGAAAUUGUGGAUGUGGUGACAGUCGAACCUAUAGCUGCUUUUUGUAGCAGUGACGAAGAAACAUCUGAUACAAAUGCACUCUUGUAUCUUCCUAUUUCACCUGAAAUAGAUGAUCCAGAAGAAGGAUGGGGUCCUGGCGAAAUGGGCGAUGAUGUUCAAUCAAAGAGACCAUCAAAUGACCAGAAUUCAUCAAAAAAGAAACGCACAAAAGUUAUUGAUAUGAUUCUUGAGAAUGCACCAAAGGAUGAAACUCAUCCAUUACUAAGUUCUAAAUCUAAAGAUAAAGUGAACCAGCAAGCUCGGAAAACUGGCAAAUCAAGACAACAUCGUGGAAACACACAUUCAGAAGGCAAAACUACUCACAGAUCAAAGCAUGGAAAUAGAAAGGAGAAAGUAUCUAUUGAUUACUAUGGAUGGAAAGAUGGUGUGGAUUAGAUUUAUUUUAUGUAUGAUGGAUUGUUCAUAUCAACUGUAUAUUGCAUCAUCAUUUAAACAAAUGCGUACCAUUUUUUUAUCCUCAAUUUUCAUCAAAUGGUACCUAAUUACCUCACAAUUUAUAUCUUAUCAUAAUAUUUCUCAGAAAUGUUUUUUUUUUUUUUUAAAUGAGUAAUGUUCACAGAAAGAAUGUCUGUAUGUUUCCUUUCAUUUUUUUUUUCAUACUUUCUUAGUUUAAAUCUAUUUUUUCAUUUUUAUUGAUUAUGUAAUUUUUGU